AUGAUGUUUAGAGCUACCAAGUACAUCUGCCCUCAAUGCCACAAGCAGUAUAAAGUAAAAUCCAGCUUAGCCAGGCACCUGAAGCUAGAAUGCGGAAAAGAAGCCAGUUUUAAGUGUCCUUUCUGCCCAUACGCUUCGAAGCAAAAGUAUCCUUUGACCAGUCAUAUUAACUUUAAGCAUCCUGAGAAAAGACUUAAGUUGAUGUAUGAAAGAAGCGCUUUCAUAUAG